AUGACUGCAGUUGAGGCGAUCGACGUACUUCGUCAGAAUUUGGAGCUAGCUAAGGAGCAAUUAAAAAAUGUUGAUGAGGAUAUACGAAAAAUGACAGGGCGUGAUCCUGUUGACGACAGGUACCGUCUCGUUGUUUCGUCCUCAGUGUUUUUGCUAAGAUUUCCGCGACGUCCUGCAGAAACAGGUUAUCGACGGCCUGAAGUGAACAAGGAUUUCAAACUACCUGGACUCAGACCUACCCAGGUGGCCGUGGCGAAAGAGGAAUUGGCGAGAAUUCCCGAAGAAGACUUACAGGUUUCUUUAGCGUCAUCUGUUGUGCGGGUCGCUGAAACCCGAUCCCGAUCAGAUGCUACAAAAGAAAUGAGGAAAUCUGAUAGAGAUCGGGGGAGGCGCAUGCUGGGUAUUCUGCAGGGCACGUUAAAUCAGUUCCGCGCCGAGUCCGCCGCAGCGAUUUUCAAGCCGCAAAUGGCCAAACGGCUUCAGGUGGAUAAGAAAUUGGAAGCUCGGGCAGAGGAGGAAAGACAAAAACUUCGACGAGAACGAGCUCAACUGUUCCGGGCACGUCGUGAACAGCAGAUGGAAGUUGCUUUGCUGCAGCAGAAAAUGCGGUUACUCAAAGGGUUUGAAAUGUGGAAAACGGAAAUGGAGAAAAUGAUUGGCUUCUGUAGAACAGAAACAUCGCCGCACAUAUUCUUCCGCCCAAAGGUUCACAAUGAAGAAUCAAGGCGUCGUGUUCUCGAAACCGAGGAAGUCAUAAACGACAUCAUAAGACAUCGCCGCAGGAAGAUCGACAUCGGUUUCGAGGAGUCGGCAAUUUCACGCAGACGGCAGUUUGUUUCACAGACAGAUAAGGACAUGGACAGUGAUCAUGAGGAAUCUACGGAGCAGCACAGUCCUCGGGAUUGGUCGCCACCUCGCAAAAUCUCAACAGGCAAGAGUUCGGAGUUCUCGACCGGGAAAGCUCGACAACCGGGAUCUGUUGUGAAUAGAAUCACCGCUUCAGGCAAACGGCGUCACACUUCCGCGGCUCAAAUGGAUACCGGGGAGCUUUCGGACGCCAGUGAAACAUUCGCCAUCGAAGGAGACGAGGAGCCGCAACUAAUGGAAGAAGAGCACACAACUGUUGUAAUGACUACCACUCACUCCGGUCUUCCGGUAUCCUCCUCUCUGGUGAAUAACACCGGAAACACUUUCCGUUCCAAGGACAGACAGUUCGAAGAAGAUUCUCUGACAUCGAAAUCAGACACCCGAACUGUUAGGAUGGAUGAUCCGAGCACAGAAGACACCACGAUGACUGACGCAGCGUUCUGAAUUGCGGUAUUGUGUGGUAUUUUACCGAACCCAUUGUAUAGACUUCCGGUCCCCACUCGUUGGCGUGACAAGGACCACUUUUUUUCACGCCCAUUCUUGGUGUACGACAGUCUACCCUGUACAGGAAGUUCAUGCGUUUCCAUCACCAUGAUCCGUGCCUGUCACACACAUGGAAAUUGUGGCGGUUUCUUG